UAAGUAAAUAAAUUUUUUAAAUCGGAGAUGCGAACGUGAGUCGCAACUGUUUUCCUGGAUUUAAUAAUUGGAAGAAUAAAUUAAUCCCUGGCAAAGACGAUCGAGUCGGCUAUAUGUAAGAUCUGCAGUGAUUCGAGUUGAUUUCAGUCAGCAUACCGCGAGCCGGUUUCCGGGAAGUGACCCCAGUGACCCCAGAGGCCUUGUCAAGACUCGCACCUCCGCCUUAGCGUCUGUCGACUUUACCAGGGCAAAAGCAGAGCCUUCGGAAUGGACGUUUUCGUGGACAAAGAAACGGGGGAAAGCCUCGAAAGCGUGGCGUUGCGAGGUACCUGCCAGUCACUGAGUCUGAACUUCACCGAUCCCGAAAACAACAAUCUUGAAACUGGAGAACCCGAGGAAGAGACUGGAAAUGGUCGAAUUAUCCGUCGACGAGUUCCCUUCCAGAUUCCGCGUGCUCUACAGAGACAAGAUAGCGGGGAAGAUGAGGAGGAAGAACGAACGGCGGAUCACAUACAUCAAGAGAAUCACGAAGGUUCACGAGCAGUUAAACGGGUAUCAAGGCGAAGCGAACCAUUCGGCCAAACGAAUCCAACAAUGCUACUUAUUCCCCUAGUAUUUUAUUUCCGUUGGGUAAUCGCGAUACUGAUGUGUUUAGAAGUAUUUCUUCACGUGUGGGCCCACCACAAGAACAAACACCUCAAAAAUGCGGACGUCUAUUUCAGAUCUCCGUUUCAUUCCAUCACUUCGGAAUUUUGCGCGUUAUGUCAAAGCGAAACGUGCAUGGAUAGGGUGGGAAAAAUGCAGGAGAUACGAGCAGGGAAAUUUUUACGGCAGUGCAAUUACAUGAAGAGAGUCGUUACCUGAUUGAUCCUAGCCGCUUAAUGAGUAAUUAAACAGAAAAGAAUCCCAUCCGAACAAUGUUUGCCUGUAUAUGUACAUAUAUUAAUGAUAUACAUAGUAUGUAUAUAUAUAUAUGAGUACGUGGUACGUACAUGUGAAAUUAUGUGUAUAUAUCAGUUGGACACUAACGUUGCAGCCCGCGACCGUCUCGAAAGAUCGGAAAAAGUUUUGCGCAAGUUCCGUAGCUGAACAAGUUGUUCCGGUGAAAAAUUGCGUGUCUUUUAUCGCCACUGUUGGCUGUACUAUCGGAUUUGGAACUUAUAUUUAACGUAAAUAAUAAGUCCUGCUCGGUUUAAUGAGUGCGAUAGAUACUGGAACCAAGCUAUUUUCACGAUUUUGUAUAACAUGUGAUCGAUGUACAUAAUGAAUUUAUUUUUUUACGCAGGCACAUGUAUGUAAUUUGUUUAGAUUAUGUCAGGCUGACGAGCGAAUGACGUUCUGCACAGCCAUGAAAAUGACAUGCUUUACAAUUCAAUAAUAUGUCACAAAAUUGUAAAUAAUUCAAUACAGCCAUGAUCUUUGACUUUA